CAGGAUAUUGGAUAUUGGAUAUUGUACAUUGGCUAACUAAGUGGUGCUUUUUUCAAAAUAAUUAUCCGUUAACAUGAACCGUAUGAAUUAUUAUUCAUGUAGACGUCAUCCAACUCGGAAUAUCGAUACCAAACACGUCCCAUUGAGUUUAAAUGGACUCAAGAGAGUUGGAGAUAAUCCAUGUCCACGUUUAGCCAGAGGCUCAGAAUACAUGAGUCAAGACCUCUAUUUUCUGUACAAAAACUCAAACGAUUACCAUAUAAAGGAAGAAGUGAAAAAAGGAAUAAUUAAGGCGUGUAGGGACACUAACAAACGGUUUCGCUGCAAACGCUCCCUAAAGGGUAAAUCUGAAUUAAAAGACGUUUCUACUCCCUCAGCUGAAGGCGUGGAUAAUAAACAUCAAAAAAGUCCACAGAAGCGUGACUCAAAUGAGAAUCCACCAGAAAAAAGAAGUAUGAAGACAAAUAGCCGUAAAAAACCGUCAAAAGAUAUGGCUUAUUUUUCUGUUUAGCAUUAUCCACGAUUAAUAACAAUAUAGCUUGUGCUUGGUACAUCUCAACAUUUGAAUAAUGAACGUGGCCUUUGAAGGAGUGGUUUCAGUGCUCCCUGUGGGAGUAUUUCUCGG